CCCUUUCCCUCCUCUUCCUUUCCUCCACAAUAUGCUGCCUGCUCUAUAUGUGGCACUGGAUCCGCUUUAGGAAUCCCAUCCAAAUGUUUUCCAUAUUAGUUCAGAGCCUUCUCUGUUUCCAAAUAGCAGCCAAGCUAGGUUUAUGGUGAAAGGAGGCCUUGGCAGGGAGGGGAAGGAGAAAGAGGCAGACACCAGGCAGGCUCAUUCACCCUGAUCAGUAAAAGUCGAGAGGACAGACAGAAAAAGAGCGUUAAGACAGGAGAAGAAAUGGGGCAGGGGCAGAAACGUUCCUCAGACAAGAAGGAGGGCAAGAAGAAGAGAGAUGAAAGUCCAGCAGCAGAAGAUGGCAAAAAGUGUAGAGUCUGUCGCUUCCCUGUGCUUGUUGCCCUGCUCCAGCUGCUGUUGGGGGUGGCUGUCACGGUCGUGGCCUUCCUUAUGUUGGCCAUCAGUUCCUCACUCCUGGUCAGGGAGACGCCACACUGGGCUGGGAUAAUUUUAUGUCUGGUUUCCAUUGUGGGCUUCAUCCUCUACUGUAUCACCUACAUCCCUGAUGAGAGGACGACCAGGCAGUUCAUUGUCAAGCUUCUCUACUUUAUCCUGUGUACAGUCGGCCUGGUUAUUUCAGUGCUGGUUAUGGCUUUCGCUGCACACCACUACUCACAGACCAGCAGCUUCAUCUGCGAGAAGGUGAAAGAGGACUGCAUGUGCAUUCUGGACCCAGGUGACCCAAUAGCCCGCACCUUCGCCUACAAGGGGGUCAGCAACUGUGAUGUGAUCACCGGGACACUCGCCCUUUACUUCUUGAUCCAGAUCGUGCUUAACAUGCUCCAAGCACUUGUCUGUGCCGUGGGUGUCUUCAUCAUGUGGAAGCACCGGUACCAGGUCUUCUUCGCUGGCCUUCAGAUUGCCGUUCCCUCUGCCCAGAACUGGCAAAAAGUUUGAUGUGAUGAUGACAGAGUUGAGAGAAUGACUGAUUAGUCAGUCCAGCUGUGUGAUUACGCUACGAAGGAAAAGGGACAUUUGGCAUUUUGUUGGUUUUCUCUGAUGUCAGUUUAUAUUAACCUUUUGCAGUAGUUGUACUAUAAAGGCUUUUUGUACAAAUUGUAUGCACCAAAUAAGAGACUUUGUACUUCCACUUGCCAAUGUUAAAAUUAUACUGAACAGAUGAAGAGAAGUAAAAGAGCUGGUCUAUUUUUGAAAGACUAAACCAAUUAUUUGUGUACCACAAUAAUUAGUUUUUCAGUGUUUCCAAUUGUGUUAACAUUUCCUCUCAUGAUGUACAACUCAUACAGUAUACAACUACAAUAUAGACAAAUUAUAAUCAAAACACUGAAAAUAAAAUGUUCUAGCUCAUUUGUUUUGCACUUAACUCAAAAAUUGUACACACUUUCUUUUGGUUUGACUUACUGAGAUGUAAUGAUCAUGAUGACCUGAUCCAUGAUUAGCUGCUUUGGGUGGCCCCCUGGAUCACUGUGUUCUUAUAUUAUGGCUUGCAAAUGUUAAAUGAAACCAACUAAAACUUGGGAAACAGUUAAAAGGUCAUAUACUGACUAAACACAGCAGAAAAUGUUAGUGUCCCACUCUUUUUGUUUUAAAUUAAU